GGAAAUAAUUGUGGAUUGCAUUAAAUGCAGGACACCGAAAGUGUAUAUGUGCUCUACUUAUGCAGUCAUAGCUUAAUGCAUGGAACGACGCGUCAUAUGUUCGCUCCUGAACGUUGCUAUUCUCCUUUACAUAGUUAACUUUGCGCAUUCUCACUCUGAUGCCACCGGGUGUGACGGUUUCCUCAAUUUAAAAUUGUUGGAGCGCGCACUCCAUGCUUCCAGUUUAGUCAAAGCAAAGGAGAUGAGGUCCACUGGCCACGGAAGAGGGGCUAUCCAGGUGCUGGCACAGAAUGACAGCAUCCAGCCAUACGUACCGCCGUUGGAGCUCCAGUUCUCUGAAACAGGGGAGCAUCAGUCUAAUCAGCAGGCCGUCCUAGGCCGCAUAACAAUUGCAAGCAAGGAGGCCAUCCGAUACGUUCUGUUAAUGCGCAGCGCUAGUGUUGCUGAGGUUAUGUGCGUGGAUCUUGGGGUGAAGCCGCCUACAAGCAGUAGCAUUCGGGUGCACCCAGAGGCAGGCCUAGUGUCAGUGCAUUCAGUAUGCGUAGACAUGGGCCUGCCAAGGAGGCGGGCGUGGGCGCAGAGCCUCCGAGUUUUCAGCAAGGAGCAGGAGAAGUGGGUAGAAGUGAGGCGCCACGCGCCUGCUCACGACUUCCUGCGGUCCUGGACAGCUGCACGAUUCCUACCUGCUCAGUUACCAGUUCCAGAGCAACGUGGUGCGUCGCUAGAGCAUCAGCAAGGGCUAGAGGAGAAUCUGGAGCCUCAGCAACAGCAGCUCCCGCCCUGUGCACCCAAAGUCUCUGCUGCAUGCACAGUGCCAGGAGAUAUGACACUCAAGGAAAGCACCGAGGGUGCAAUGGCAAUUAAUGCAGGCGGCGGAGGAGUGGAGGGGGAUGGUAGAGCAGUAACCAAUCGGCCGUACACGGAGGUAGACAACAUCUGCGGGGCGUGGGAGGACAAGCUGGGUGGCGCAUGUGGGCUGGAGGGCAUGGGCGGGUCUAUCACGAAGGCAGGAAUUAAGCUUGCCUUUCAGAGCAUGAGCACCUUCCUUCACAUGGACAACUCCAGCGUUGUAUUCGACUUGGGUGGCGCUAUUGGCAGGAUGCUCCCGUUUGCCAAGGUGGCUGCAUGCGUGUCGUUGGCGUGGAUGGCGGAGUGCGAUGACAGCAAAAUCCAAAAAGCGGUUGCAUUCCUACCUCAGGUAUACGGCGACCUAAUAAAGAAAGGCUUAGCGGCCCCUGUGGGUCAGCUGGACACUUUGAUGGAGGUUAUCCACCAUGACAUGACCCGUGAGGCUGGUGGAUCUUGGGACCGGGUCCGUGCACGGCUUGCUGCGACCUCGCACAUCUACAGCUUCUGUGAGGGCAUUCCCCGCGAAGCAUUGGCGGUUACAGGCCGCGCCGUCAAGGACAGCACUGCCUUUAAGGGCUGUGUCCUGGUCUGCUACCAGGCUAACUGGUCUCACAACUCCACUUUGCAUGACACCCUUGGGCGCUCACCCCAUCCCGAGGAGGUGAUGGAGCUGGAGUGGGGCUUUGGCCCAAUGGUGCUGUUAUGCCGGCUGAAUGCGCGGCAGGAACGUGGCAAGGCAACAUACCCCAUGUGGGUGUUCGCUAGGUACACGGGGGAGAGCAGCAAGCGGCCGCCCAUGCUCCAAAAUCUCAGCGAUUAUCCAGACUCCAUUUCCAAAGCCCAGUGGUGGUGGCAGCGUCACACUGGUGCUGACUUGUCCGAUUUCCUUACAGACACCAGCCUACAGCUGCGGUUGGCUGUAGUGCAGAACGAACGUCUAACAGUAGCUGACCUUCCAACUGCCCUCGCUGACCGCUAUGCGUUUUAUACAGCACAGUCCGUGCCCCCAGGGCUGCUAGAAUGGGCGCUGGGGCUGUGCUUUGCUAACGAUGCAUCUUCUCUUUUAGACAAUGGGGUGCCAGGGAGCACACCGAAAGCCCUUGGUCGAAGGGGAAAGCUGAGCCGCUCUCAAAGAGACACGGCUAGGGGCAGGGAAGCAAGUAUGCGGAAGAUGGUGGAGCAGAAACGUGGAGAGUUUAGCAAUGCAUCUGUCCAGUUCAUCUUUAUCGAGGACCGAGGGGCAAAAGUACCUGUAGCAUAUGCAGCUUACAGGCCGGACCUUGAUGACGCGAAGCUAGUGCUGCGCCUGUCUGAAGUACGUGUGGAAGAGCGGGCACAGCGUGACGGUAUCGGCAGUGGCCUCGUCAGGGGCCUUGUACGCUUUGCGGAGCGGCUCCAACUUGCGGCGGUGGUCGUGACAGUAGCCGCUGACAAUGCCGGGGGCAAGAGGUUCUUUGAAGCAAUAGGAUUUGUGACACACGAGGGAACCAGCAAGGCCACUAAGCGGGAGACCUGCUUGGUUCUCUCCAUCCAACCACUUUCCUUCAAUCGUACAAUGGAGCCCGUGCAGCGGUACAGCCUGGAUGAGGUGCGCGAAAUGGAGCGGGCCGCAUCUCGGUUGCGGCCAGCGGCCGGCGCCGGUUGGAUCAAGCUUGGAGCGGGCGGGUUUGGCUCGGUAACAGCUGGUGUUACAGCUUCCGCACGCAGGGUGGCCAUCAAGCGGUUUACACUGGGCCCAAGCACCAGUACCGACGUCCUUCGUGCUAUCCGGCAGAACAUCACAGUGGGGAUGACCUGCUGUUCUGAGAACCUGUUGCAGCUCGUAGGGAUAGCCCAUAGCCCGGCGGGAUCGGUAACUGGUCUGGUCUGGGAGGAGGCGACCCAUGGCAGCCUGGAACCGCCAGGACCCAACCUGCCACUCCAGCAGGUUGUCGGGCUGCUUGCUGACGCCGCCAAUGGCGCUGCAGUGUUGCACGACGCAGGGCUGGUUCACAGGGAUAUCAAGCCUGCUAACAUCCUGGUCACUGAUCGUGGUCACGGCGUCGUCGGUUUACUAGCAGACUAUGAUGUGACCGUGGAGUCCGGCACGCGGUUUGGCUUGGUGGGCACCCCUGGCUACCGGCCCCCAGAAGCCGAGGGUCAGCCCGACCCACAGGCUACCACCACCUACCACACCCUGGCGUUUGACGUAUACAGCUUCGGAGCAACCUUAGCCACAGUCCUCUUCCGCACCAGUGCCGUGGGCCCUACCGUUUGCGCAGUACAGACUCAGCUGGUAGCCGAGUGCAGGUCCCUGGUGGAAGAAGUUCAGAAUGCAUGGGCUGAAGGCGCCGUGAUGCCGUCAUUUGAAGUGGUACGCAGACUUCUGGAUCUGGCCGCCGCAGCCCUCGUCAAAACCCCUGGAGGUCGCUUGCAGCAUGCAUGCGGCCCCAACUCUAAUAAAGCCGCGGGAGACUAUAUGCGUUUUAUAGCGAUACGGCUGCGGGAACUGGCAUCCGGGUUAACUAGGUGAUGGGGACUGAUUGCGCAGUGCAGUAGAUGCGGGGGGGAACAAGGAAAACUGACGAAUUUGCGGGGGGGUUGUUGUUUGGAAUGGUGGCAGUGGUGGUCUGUAGUAUCCAGUUAUGGUAGUUGGCAUGCGUGUGCUCCUAGUUUACUACUGCCCCGUUGCUUUGUAGGGGCUGUAUGAGGCGGCCACCACGGCCU